AUGGCCGAUGUGGGGGAUCGUAUGUUUUGUCAUGCCUGUGGCGGAGUAUGGCUACGCAGAGAACACGGGCUAGAGUGCCCACGCUGUGGCUCCGAAUUCACCGAAAUUAUCGAAAUCCCGCCAGAUACGGAAGAAGAUACGGAAGCUCCCGACCCUCCAAUUUCCGUCCCCGAAGAACGGUCGUCGCAUACCCCGGCGAAUCCAUGGGCAGGCCAUGACCCUUGGGCCCAUGAUGACUCGGACAGAGACGGCCAUGAUUGGGAUCCAGGGAAUGGAUUCCGUCACCACACCUACCGAUCUCCGGACGGCCGAUUUACAUUUUCCAGUACGACAUACACACAUGGUUUCUCUCCACGACGGCCGUCAGGUCAGCAAAUGCCGGUAGAUCCUCUGAUGCCCAUGGUACGCGGCUUGGAUACGAUCUUCCAUGGACUGGCCGAUACCUACAGACAGACGGAGUACAGGCCAGCUAAUGAUCGGAACUCACCCCAGGGGAUGGGAAGGGGCGACGGACUACAACAAGAGCACGGUCCAGAUCCAGGACCGAGGGUGUUUAGUCGAUCGUUUGAUUUUGGUUUUAACCCGCGUAACGAUGGGAGCAUGGGAUCCGAGUUUCAUACCGCAGGAGGGCUCCAUCCCCGGGACGCCGACGGUCCACAGCCCAUGGGAACCCCCCUGCGAACUCUGGGCGAAGUGGUAGCUGACUCGCAUAGUAUUCUUGAGCUUUUCCGAGCCGAUUUUGGAAACAACGGACAACCAGGCGUCGGCGGGACACGUGUGAUGACGGGGCCCAAUCCUCUCGCGAUUUUAUCUACUUUGCUAAACCUUGACCGACAUGGUGAUGCGGUUUACUCUCAAGAGGAACUAGACCGGGUAAUAUCACAACUAAUCGAUCAAAAUGCAAGAGGGACAGCGCCACCACCCGCAGCUCCCAGCGCUAUUCAGUCCCUGCCGAAAAAGAAAAUCGAUCGGGAGAUGUUGGGCAGCGAGGGUAAGGCGGAGUGUUCAAUUUGCAUGGACCCCGUGGAAAUAGGCACGGAGGUCACGGUGCUCCCCUGUAAGCACUGGUUCCACUACGCCUGUAUUGAGAUGUGGUUAAGUCAGCACAAUACGUGCCCCCACUGUCGGCGCGGCAUUGACCUCUCGACACCGCCCGGAGGAAGCAGCGAUAACCCGGUAGUAAUUAAUGGUAGUCCGGAGAUGUCCCCUCGCCGACCCAGUGGCACCGUUCCCGAAUACAGCGGAGUCGCACCUUCACGAUGGUCCGGGAAUGGUUCCGAGACGGGGACAGCCGGACAAGAACAAGAUCAAGGACCAACCAGUCGGAAUGAGAAUCAAGGCGGAGGAGGGUUUACUGGUUGGGUACGAAGCCAUUUUGGAGGAGGCGGCUAGUCAAAUUGUCUCUCUUUUAUGAUACGUAUUUCUUAGCAAUUGCCUUUACGGAACACGCCUGGGAGUGAUCUAUAGAGCUAGUUCUUUACUUUUAUUUUUGGCAUAAAUUGGACACUGGAAUGGACAUACCAUCCGAUCACUCUGGGAGUGAUAGCCAAUAAUGGGUCUGUGACUAAUUUUUAUUUUUAUUGAUUUGUAUACAAGAACUACUAAACUUAUCAAGUUUUCUCCACAUUGAUUGAUUGGAGUUAUACCCCACUUCAGCCAUGCGCCCUAAUCGCGCCCUACUCAUGAUUAGAUUGAUAAAAGGUGCCCUCCCCCUCUUCAUUUCUUCAUUUCAACUCUCUAUACAGCAUCCGGGUUAGCCAUUUAUACAUUCUUCAAUAAUGAAAACCCUCUACAAGAACGGUCACUUCAUCACCGGCCAAUCCCCCGAACCAACAUGCAUGAUCACGGAACACGACCGCAUCGUUUAUCUCGGCGAAGAAAGCC